CGAAGCGCCUCUGCCGGGUGGGAAACUUUCACGCACGGAGAUGCUUCAAUGAGUAACAGCGAACAGCUCAACGCGUCCGGGUUUUUUUUCUUCAUUAACGCGCCGCUGAUCUCAGAUCCGGAUCAGACCGUUAACUGGACGCACCGAGGCUGAACCGACUCCGCAUUAAGCGGGAGGAGGAGGAGUUUGCUGCUUUACUGUCUGUCUGGGCGUCGACUGGACUCAGAGCUGAAGGAGCCUCAGAGAGAUCAGACCUUCACAGCUUCACAGGUUGAAGAUUUAAAGUUUCUUCUUGUUCUUCUGGUAUCUCCUGAGCAGGAUGCAGCAGCUGGAGGACGACAAGCCCAAGAAGAAGGUGACGCUCUACCUUCUCUUCUGCGUCUCCACGGCCGUCAUCGGAUCGCUGCAGUUCGGAUACAACACCGGCGUCAUCAAUGCACCUGAACAGAAGCUGCGUGGGUUCUUCCAGAACGUCUCCAUGGAGCGCUAUGGGGAACCCUUCAGUCCUGGAACCAACACCAUGGUGUGGAGCUUCGCCGUGGCCAUCUUCAGCGUGGGAGGGAUGAUCGGAUCGUUCUCAGUGGGGACCAUGGUCAACACGUUCGGCAGGAGGAAGUCCAUGCUGCUCUCCAACAUCCUGGCUCUGGUGGGAGGAGGUCUGAUGGGACUCUCCACCCUCAGUCAGUCCUUUGAGAUGGUGAUCGUCGGCCGGCUGGUCAUCGGCGUCUUCUGCGGUUUGUGCACCGGUCUGACGCCGAUGUACGUCGGAGAGAUUUCCCCCACCGCCGUCAGAGGAGCCUUCGGGACGCUGCACCAGCUGGGCGUCGUCAUCGGCAUCCUGGUGGCUCAGAUCUUCGGUCUGGAGUUCCUGCUGGGUUCCGACUCGCUGUGGCCUCUUCUCCUGGCCCUCACCGUCGUUCCUGCCAUCCUGCAGAGCAUCAUGCUGCCCUUCUGCCCUGAAAGUCCUCGAUACCUGCUGAUCGUCCUCAACCAGGAGGAGGAGGCCAGGAAAGCUCUGGUGCGACUCCGCGGCUCUGAAGACGUGAACGACGACAUCCAGGAGAUGAAGGAGGAAGGCAUGAAGAUGGCUCUGGAGAAGAAGGUCACCGUCCUGGAGAUCUUCAGGUCUCAGAACUACCGGCAGCCCAUCAUCAUCGCCAUCAUCCUGCAGCUCUCCCAGCAGCUGUCGGGCAUCAACGCAGUGUUUUAUUACUCUACUGGAAUCUUCGACGCUGCCGGCGUCACUCAGCCGAUCUACGCCACCAUCGGUGCUGGAGUCGUGAACACCGUGUUCACCGUCGUCUCUCUCUUCCUGGUUGAGCGGGCCGGACGCAGAACGCUGCACCUGAUCGGCCUGGCCGGGAUGGCGAUCUGCGCCCUCAUCAUGACCAUCUCCCUGUCUCUGGUGAAGGCCACCCCGUCCCUCAGCUACCUGGCCAUCGUGGGCGUCUUCGGCUUCGUCGCCAGCUUCGAGAUGGGUCCGGGUCCGAUCCCCUGGUUCAUCGUGGCCGAGCUCUUCUCCCAGGGGCCCCGGCCGGCCGCCAUGGCCAUCUCCGGCUGCUCCAACUGGACCGCCAACUUCCUGGUGGGGCUCGGCUUCCCCAAACUGGAGGAACUCUGCGGUCCGUACGUCUUCCUCAUCUUCAUGGUCCUGCUCAUUCUCUUCUUCAUCUUCACCUACCUGAGGGUUCCUGAGACCAAAGGGAGGACCUUCGACGACAUCGCUCAGGGAUUCGCCGCCAGCGCCGGGAAGUCGUCUCCGUCUGCGGCGCCGGAAUCGGUGAUGGUUCCGCUACCGGAUGGCAAAGAACCGGCGCCGAUGUCUCCCACAGAGAGGUUGCCCAUGGUGGACCUGCCUCCAGAGAAACAGUGAAGAACCUCAGAGCUACACCUGGAACACUGGAAGCACGACUCAGUCUACUAAUGAGAGUUUAUUAAUUUAUGUUCUUAGGAGCCGUUUUUAAAAAUUAAAAAGCCUUUUUUUAAAUUAAAAGAUCCCCACUUAGAGAUGCUUAAAGAAUUGACAGAAUUCCCAGUAAUCUGCUUUCAACAGUGUUUGCUGACAGUCCAGCUCCUGGUUCUGCCCUGUAAGAGGAUCAGAACGGGUUUGGUGUUGAGUUGCAGGUCCUCAGCUCCCCUCACUGCUGGAAGGUUGCAGGAUUUAGGGCUUUCAUGGAAUCAGGUCAGGCCUGAAAAGCCGGUUUUGGAGCUCAAAGUUUGACCCAAAAAGACUGAAUAACUGCCCUGUGAGCUGCUGCAGGGAACAGGGAGGUAGAAGAACCAUCAUGGAAGCAGAAGAACCAACAUGGAGGUAGAAGAACCAUCAUGGAGGUAGAAGAACCAACAUGGAGGCAACAGAACCAACAUGGAGGUAGAAGAACCAACAUGGAGGCAACAGAACCAACAUGGAGGUAGAAGAACCAACAUGGAGGUAGAAGAACCAUCAUGGAGACAGAAGAACCAACAUGGAGGCAUCAGGACCAACAUGGAGGUAGAAGAACCAUCAUGGAGGUAGAAGAACCAACAUGGAGACAGAAGAACCAACAUGGAGGCAUCAGAACCAACAUGGAGGCAACAGAACCAACAUGGAGGUAGAAGAACCAACAUGGAGGCAUCAGAACCAACAUGGAGACAGAAGAACCAACAUGGAGGCAUCAGAACCAACAUGGAGGCAACAGAACCAACAUGGAGGCAACAGAACCAACAUGGAGGUAGAAGAACCAACAUGGAGGAUCUCUGACAUUCAGGAACAGGAAAAAGCACUAAACUUAGAAACUUAGAACAAAUAUAUUUCAGUAUUUAGAACAUUUUUAAAGUAUUGUCAUGCUGUAGAAACCUCAGGAUGUUUGUGUUUCUGCAGCGUUUGUGUUCUGUCUGCAUGAUUUGUCAUUUCAGCUUCAAUAUUUAAGAAGAAAAAUGAACUCGAACACAUCCGGCUGCAGCUUUUCUGCUCCUUCGUACUAAAACAAAACUGUCACGGUUCUUACUUUCCAUCAAGAGAAGUCUGAUAGAACAUUAUUUAGUCAGAUUUGAGGCGUCAGAGAUUAUUUUAAAGAGUAGCUCCACAUGAGCAGGAGAGAAACUCUGAAAAGGCUCUUUUUAAAUAAUUUUUUUAUUUCCUCUGCUGAUGCACUCCCCUAUAAAACCACUUCAAUCAUCCUGGAAUGAUUCGUUCUUUCUAAAGAUAAGAUAAAGAUAAGAUAAAGUUCUUUAUUUCUCCCCACUCCAGGGGAAAUUUACAUUGUUACUGCUGAAAGUUCCUGUGUUUAUUCAACCUAUAUUACUGAAAAACUACAUAUAAUAAUGCCAGUUUGUUCCAGUGUCUAAAUUUUCAGUUUGGGGUCCUUAAUAUUGCAUAUUAUUAAUAAUAAGCUGGAAAUUACUCUAAUCACAGUAACAGGGUUGCUAAUCCAUGCUAAUGUGAUCUUUUUCUCAGCAGUAGAAGCUAGAUAUUUAGCUGCUGUUACUGCUGACCAAGAGGACAAACUGACUGAUGGAAAACAGUCCAAAGAAUUAGUCUGAUACUGAUAAUAUGAGGUAGAGGGAGACAUUCAAUCAAGGCUGACAAUGUGAUGAAAAUAUGAAAAAUAGAAGAGAGGACAUAGCUUUGUUCUACACAUUCUGUAGGAAAACUGCUGAUGAUGGAAACGACAAAAAUAAGACAGAAAAUGACAAAAAUGAGACAGAAAAUGCCAAAACGAGACACAAAAUGACAAAAAUGGGACACAGAACAACAAAAAUGAGACACAAAAUGAACUAAAUAUCAUUUUGCUCCAACAUCAUGCAGCUUUACUCGUACAAUAAAUUUUGCAUAUUAUUAAAAUGAGCAGAAACAGUAGAAAAACUGAGACUGAAAAAAAUCAACUGCAUGAAAAUAUCUCAGCUGCAAAAAAGAUGUUUAGUAAAAAUAGGUUUUCUGUCUGCAGCUGUUGUUAUUCUGACCAUUAAAUCAGCAGCACAAAGUUAUAAGUGAACGAAAUUCCUUUUUUAAAGCUUUUUCUCAAUCAUUUUUGAUUUUCUUUGCAGAUGCGCUCCCCUGCAAUCAUUCUGGAGUGAUCCAGUCUUUCUAAAUUGAGAUUUUCAAGUAAUUUGCUGCAGUUUUUUCAGUGUUUUUCACAGAAAACUAAGUGAGUUUGUGCUGAUAAAGAAGCAGAUGAUUCUGUGUGAGUCUAACGCUGCCAUAGAAACACGAGUUAACCUCCUCAGUUUUAGGAUUUCACUGCAAGUUUUAUUUUGUUUACAGAGAAUAUUAGAGUUGGAGUCAAACCUCAGGAGGCGGAAUGUGAAGCUGCAUGAAGCUUCCAGCUGUUAGAACAUCUGUCCAUCCAUCAUGUACUUGAAGCUCCUUCAACAUCUCCAGUAAAACACCUUUAAAUCUGUAAACUAGCAUCUGUAUCUGAGGUUUCUGGUGCUGAAAACACUAAAUGAUCUGUAUUUAUUUGAGUUUAAAAAACGUCCUUCUUGUGUCUAAUGAUGUGUAUAUCAGCUGUUUAACAUUCCAUUAAUGUUGUCUAAAUGUUCUUCUGGCUGAUGAGAAUGUCUGAGCUUUGCUUCGCUUUUGCACUUUGAUGACGGAUUCUGUUGUUUCCUGUAAAUAUGUGGUUUGUUGAGAUGCUUUCUGGUUGUUUCUUCUGUUAAAUCUGUUCUGAUUCCUCUGAUUCUCCGUCUGAUGCACUGAUGCUGCUCUGCAUGUUCACAAUAUUCACUUUUAUUUUGUGUAUAUUUCGUUGUUGUAAAUAAACAGAAGUCACAUCCA